AUGGUUGGGAUACAGCAAGAUCCCGAGGGUCUCAUCGACCCCUCCUCGGGGCCUAUCGCGAAGAACCAGGCAGGAACCGGACUGCAAGUCUCGGGAGAUUGCUCAUUCCCGCAAUCAAAGGACUUGACCGGUCAGGGAAGACAGGACUACAGCGAUAUUCGACACAUUCAGUCUGUGCUAGAUAUCCAUGGAGGAGAACACUCGAAACAAACAACUUCGUUUUUGGUUCUGGCAUGGGCUAUCCUCCUCAAAGAAUACAACGUAUCUGAAUCUUUCCUUCUCUCGGUUCAUGGGAACAGAGACUGCGUGCGGCAUAUCCCAUUCAAAGUACGGCCAGCAUCUUCAAUAGAUUCAGCCGUGAAGGAGACGGCAGAAUUUCUCAGAGGGUCCAGUCUCCCCGUUGAGUCAGAAGCCCAGACAGAGGAUAACGAAGUAGCCUCCCGUGUGACACUGAAAAUUAUGAACUGCCACGAUUUUCCACCGGAGGAACGUGCCGACUUCCUACUCCGUUCGAAUGAAGCCCUACAAUUGGUAUGCUGGCUGCAAACCGAUACACCCAUAGACGCCCAUGUGUACUAUGACGCUAUGAAAUGUAUUGAUGAACAGGCACGGCGGUUUUUAGAUCAAUACCAAGGGAUUUUAAAACAACUCAUGCAGCAAGAUGAAACCAAAUCCCUCGGAGAUAUCGAUGUGAUUAGCGGCCAAGACAAGGCCGUUCUGAUAAAUUGGAACUCGAAUGAUAUUAUGAGAUCGCAAUGCCUGCUGCAUGAGUCCUUCCAAGCAAAAGCUCGUGAAAUCCCCACCCAGAAUGCGGCUGUCAGCACUGAGGGAUGCUUAACAUAUGCCGAAUUGGAUGAGCUCUCUUAUAUUCUCGCUGCGACUCUGGUCGAUCGUGGGAUCGGCAGGGGAGCAAUUGUCCCCAUCUUAUUUGAAAAGUCUGUCUGGGCUAUCGUCGGCAUAUUGGCCGUCAUGAAAGCUGGCGCGGCAAGCACAUCGACAUGUGUGAGCCAUCCAACUUCCUAUAUUGCCAAAGUGAUAGAACAGACCGGUUCCGCGGUGGUGCUGACUUCGGAGAGCGAAUACGACCGAUUGGCGCAGUUGAAAGAUGUUGAUGGCCUGAUUAUUUCAGAGAAAACAUUGAAAUCAUUGCCCCAGCCAUCAACGAGCUGGCAGCCCCCGAAAGGCAAUGAAGAAGAUAUUGCCUGCGUUCUGUUCACGUCUGGAAGUACAGGUCAACCCAAGGGAGUUCUUUUAAGCCACCGAGCUAUCAGCACGACGAUGCACCACCACGGGCAUGCCACGGGUAUUGAUGGUCCACCAAAGACCCUCCAGUUCUCGUCAUAUUCAUUUGAUAUGGCCAUCUAUGAGAUUUUCCAUGCACUGGUGCGAGGAGGGACAGUAUAUACCCCGUCAGAGGAGGAAAGAUUGCAUAGCCUCCCGUCUUUCAUCUCGAAAUACCAACCGACAUGGGCGUUUAUUACGCCCACAAUGCUCAGAAACUUCACUCCCUCCGACCUUCCGACGAUGGAAACCAUUGUUGUCGGGGGCGAAGCGGUGGGUAAUGACCUGGUCCAAUCAUGGGGUGAUAGGUUAUACAACGGCUUUGGGCCGGCUGAAGUGAGUAUCUGUGUGGCAACUCGAAUGAACCCACGAUGCUGGGUGGAUGGAACAAUAGGCCGGCCUGUUGGGUGUAUUGGGUGGAUUGUGAGCCCCCAUAACAUGAACAUCCUGACCCCAAUUGGAGGAAUAGGCGAACUUCUCGUGGAAGGACCAAUCGUUGCUCACGGAUACUUGAACGAGCCAGAGAAAACCGAACAAGUCUUUGUUUCAGCUCCCACCUGGAGGUCUACCUUUGACAUUCCACUUCGCGGUGCAUUCUUCAGAACCAGCGACCUGGUUCAAUACAAUCCGGACGGCUCGAUGCGAUAUUUAGGACGAAGGGACAACGUUCGAAAAGUCAAUGGUCAACGGAUAGAUAUCGAAAACAUUGAAUUCACCCUGCGAGAAUUGGAGACGAACUUGGAUAUCUCAGUGGAUGUUCUGAUGUUGCCGGGCGCCCACCGGCAAGAGAAAGUCGUCGCGUUCUUCGCGGAGAGGACAACUGCCAAAAAACCGAGAGUGAAAUUAUUGUGCAAAACGGAUUCGCAUGCAGAGAUGAAGCGUUACAGUAGAGAGGAUGCGAUUCGAGAUGAAAUGAGGCACCUUCUGCCGCGGUACAUGAUCCCUGCCAUUAUGGUUGAGCUCCCACUUUUACCCAAGACAGCUACUGGAAAAGUCAAUAAAAAACAGCUCGCCAGUAUUCUCACCGGGCUAAACAAUUUCGAGUUUACCAAACUCCUUAAGUCCAGGGCGAAUGGGAGACCCAAGCGAACUGCGCUGUCCGCAGCCGAGCAUCAAGUGGCGUCUCUGGUCCAAGAGACAUUGGGACUCGACAUGACAGAUUUAGAUAUGGACAGUACCUUUGUGCACCUGGGGGGGAGAUUCAUUGGCCGCGUUGAGACUGGUUAG